GCCCCCCAACCCCCGGGCCGAGGCUCGGGGAAGACGGGAAGAUGGCCACUCUGCUCCGGAAAAUCGGGCUCAUUCGGCUGCACAACCGAGACACGGAAGACCCCAAGCAUCACCACCAUCAUCACCAUCACCACCAUCACCAUGGCAGCCAGCAUCACGGCCUGAGGGCCGGAGGGCAGCAGGGCUCCUCGCUGCGGGCCAAGGGCGGCCAGAAGAACGGCAGCAACAAGCAGCAGCAGCAGCAGCAGCUGCAGCAGAGCCAGCCCGGAGGAGGCGGUGGCAGCGGUAAUGCCCAGGAAGAGGGGAGCCCCGGCCAUCCCAAGGGCAAGCAGGCCUCGGAGCCGGCCGGACGAGAGCAGCAACAGCAAAAGCAGCAGCAACAGCAGCAGCAGCAACAGCAAAAGCAGCAGCAGCAGCAACAACAGCAGCAACAGCAGCAGCAGGGAGGGCCGAAGGAGAAGCCAGGGGGGCCCAAGGAGGUCCCGGCCUCCAGGGAGGCCAAGCCGCAGGCCUUGGCCGUCAAGGGGUCCAACGGGCCGGGCUCGGCGGCCGGGAGGUCGCAGCACUGCACGCAGGUCCGGAGCCGGCGGCUGAUGAAGGAGCUGCAGGACAUCUCCCGCCUGAGCGACCGCUUCAUCUCCGUGGACCUGGUGGACGACAGCCUCUUCGACUGGAACGUCAAGCUGCACCAGGUGGACAAGGACUCGGUGCUGUGGCAGGACAUGAAGGAGACCAACACGGAGUUCAUCCUACUCAACCUCACCUUCCCCGACAACUUCCCCUUCUCGCCGCCCUUCAUGCGGGUGCUCAGCCCCCGGCUGGAGAACGGCUACGUGCUGGACGGCGGGGCCAUCUGCAUGGAGCUGCUCACCCCCCGGGGCUGGUCCAGCGCCUACACGGUGGAGGCCGUCAUGAGGCAGUUCGCCGCCAGCCUGGUCAAGGGCCAGGGUCGAAUCUGUAGAAAAGCCGGUAAAUCAAAAAAAUCCUUCAGUCGCAAGGAAGCUGAAGCAACAUUUAAGAGUUUGGUGAAGACUCAUGAAAAGUAUGGAUGGGUCACCCCUCCGGUCUCCGAUGGCUGAUAUUUGCAGCGUGGGCGUCAGACGCUAAACAAAACAAAAAACAAAUACUAUGACAUCUCCUCAGUGCUGUACAUCACCCAUCCUUUUCUACUUCAAGUUCUGUUAGAAACUGUACCAUGAAUAUCAAGGAGACAUUUAAGUUAUUUAUGAACAGGCAUGUUUACAGAGAGAGAGAGAGAGAGAGAGAGAGAGCGUGAAAGAGAGCGAGAAAAAGAGUGUGUCUGGGAGCAAAAACACUGUUGUUGAGGAUUAUGUUUUGAGAAUGAGUGAUCAUCUUUAAGUCACUUUUGAGCAGGUGUUGAGAUUGUGACAUUUACCCCUCCCCUGUUUCCUUCCCCUACCUACAGACCACAUUAUCUCCAGCUUCUUUCCAUGGCAGCAGCAACACCAAAGAGCAGUUGUGGAAAUUCUAUCCGUUUCUGCUCAGUUCAUUUAAAUGUAAAUGAAGCCGUUAAUAUUUAAUAGGAAAGCAGUGCAUUGCAGGUAUGUUUGCUGUGCUGUUUCUCUUCGUUCCUUUUCCUAGCAGGUCAACACAACUUGAAGAUUUGUCUUUAUGUGGAGCUGUGGUCUGUCGUGACUCAAUUUAGGCCUCAUCUGUGCUCUCUAUGACCUUUUUGGCUCAUGAAAACAGAAUUAGAAUGAUGCUAAAAGAGCCGUCCAAUGAACUUGCCCAGUUGUUCACAGUGCGCUAUCUAUGCUGAUUUUUUUGUGGUGUGCUGUUGUUCUGAGAUAAGCCGAUGCCUUCAGAUGAAAGGCAAGGAUGCUUCCGAUAUCAGAUGCAUCCACCGCAAGGCUCAAAGCCCAAUCUGACCAAGGUAAUGCAACACUCCUAGCACAGCAUGUUUGCUGUCAACUUCUGACUGGCGAAACGCUAAGGAAGCAUAAGUCAAUGAAACGUUCACAAAAGUUAUCUGACAUUUAAAAAUUACGUGCCGGUGUCCGUGCAACUCAGAUCUUCGAAAAGUAACACAAGUGAUUUGUAAGAUGAUUUGCAUGACUGGAUUUUUUUUUUCUUAAGCUGAAUAGUCAUUGUGUGUACAUUGAGCCCGAUAUCUGAGCCUGUAUAUAAAUGUCCUGUUACUUCAUCUUUCAAAUUGAACUUCUCUCUUCUGUUACGUUUCUUAGAAAUUUCUAAGGGACUCCAUGAAACCAGAAGCUAAUGUUUAUAACAAUAUGCAGAAAGAGGUGAACAAUGUCGAAUCUAAGUGCAAAGUCUUAUUGGGCCCAUUCUGAAUAAACUCAUCGGUUCCCAUUAUGUUGCCUCAAAAAUU